AUGGCCUCCGGAGGAGAUGGUCAGAGUCGGAGCGAUGCACCACCAUCACCUCCAUUGUCGUGGGACGGUGACAGAAUGUUCAACAUCUACAUCUAUGAUUAUUGCGCGAAGCGGGGAUUCACAAAGACGGCGGAUGCACUCAUGCAAGAAGCAGAUAUACCGCACGACUCAACACCACCAAUAAAUGCGAAGCAGGGGCUGUUAUUUGAUGGAACAGGGCCGGAAGACGCAAUUUUGUAUACGCAGGUGCGCCCGCGCCAAAGCGAUAUCGCGUUCCCGGAUUGCACAGUAACGUCUACUUUUCAGCAACAAUCACAACGACAGCAAGCAGCGCGAAUGCAUAGUCAGCAAGUGCCGCGAAUGCCGAACGGCGCGAUGCGACCUGGCCAGCACCCAGGAGGCGCCCCCAUGCCCAACGGCAUCACUCAGAAUGGCGCUCCGCCAGCACCAGGAUCAAUACCGAAUGGUACCCAGGGCGCGUCGUUUCCGGGAGGAGGGCAGCCGAACGGCGUCGCCGGACCUCCAGGUGCGCCGGGACAGGCACAGCCCCAGAACUUGCAGUUCCCGGGGCAGAGACCGGUGGGUACUCAGCACCGUGCUCCCAAUGGUAUAGUACAUUACCAAUCACCAACGAUGGCCCAUUCGCCACAGAACCCUGGCGCCGUCCCGCAGCAACAGAAUGCGGGCCCUGGCUUAGGCCCGAUGGGCAAUACCCAGCCCUUGACGCAAAUCCACUCGCGAGGCGGCAUGCUUCCCCCAAACGGACCACAGAACCUGGGCCCUGUACAACACAACCAAUACCAGCAACAUGGGCGCUCGCCGAGUCAGCCAGGUUCCCCGGCGCAGAAUAGCGUCAUGCCAUCGCCUAGCCCAUCUCUGGCCUCGCGCCAGAUACAAGGGGGUCUGAUGCAACCCGCAGAACACGCAUUCCAGAAUGAGCUUCUGCGUCUGCCGUCCGAUGUCAUGCAGCGCCUGCGACAGGAAGCAGGAAUUGGCGAAAAGGACCUGUUGUCUAUGACAACUGACGAGAGGCAACGCUUGGUCAAUCUUGUCAAACAGCGGCAAAUGCAAUCGAAGCCGGGAGGGCCCGGGGCCCCUACACCAACCAACGCAGCCGCAGGCCCAUCUGGAAUUCACCAGAUGCCGCCUCCGCAUCAACAACGAAAUCCUCCCCUCAUGCCGCCCGGGCAGCAAGGAGGACCACAACCCUUACUGCAGUCGCAAGCGCAACAGCAGGCACAGGCGCAACAGGCGCAGGCGCAACAGCAGGCGCAACAACCGCGUGGUGCCAAGCGGAAUAGUUCCUCGCCAGGCCAGGAGCAGGAGCGCUUGCCUAAUACCGACACUUCACCGCACGAACGAAAACGGAUGCGACGAACACCGACGAACACUGACCAGCCACCGUCCCAGGCGCCGCCGAUGGUAGCGCUGGCACCUGGUCCUCCGUAUUCACAUCCUUCGCAACCAGGCGGCCCAGGCGGGCCGCCGAUGCCAAACGGCAUGAUGCGGCCAAUAGUAAGCUUUCCUGGACAGCCGGGUAUGCAUGGGAUGAGCGGGAACCCGGGGUUGAACAUGUCCAUGGGACCAUCAAUGACUGGGCCACCAGGUGGGAUGAGUCCGAGUAUGAUGCACCCAGGUCAGAACGGCUUGAUGAACUACAAGCAAUCGAUGCAGAACAUACACCGGAGCGCGAUUCAACCUGGUAACGUGUACGCACAAGGCGUGCCGGGGGGGCCGGAUGGCCAAUUCAGCAUGGACGGCGGUGCUCAGCGCCCACAAGGCGGACCGUUCCCUGGCGGACCAGGACCUGCAGGCCCAAAUAGGAUGGGACAGAACAAGACGAACAUGCCGCCACCACCCUCCCCGAGCAUGCUCUCUGCGAAGGCGAAGGAAGCCGCCGCCGCUUCACCAUCAGCGCCGAACGGGCGUGUCGACGUAUCGCCACAAAACAUCGCCGCGGGUAUCGGACAGCAGCCAGGCCCGAGCGGCCCCGCGCAAGGCCCGCCGCCCGUCAAUGCCCCACCGACGCCGGGCUCUGGGAACCCUGGUCCUGGCCCGGGGAUGGCGAAUCCGGGCGUGACGGCGCCGUCGCCGUCGGACAUGCUAAACAGCGGACCGCAGGACAUGUUUGCGGAUGGCUUCGGGCUGGGGAUCGGCGACUUUGACCCGUCGAUCUUCAGGGCGGAGGGCGCGGACCUCGACUUUGGCGAUUGGUUCACCGCGGAUGGCGGAGGACUUAGCAUCGACAACUGAUCGUCAUGUGCGAGCGUCGUCCCCGCCGGUCGUUGUGCCUCAGGGUUCGUGCAUGGAGUUUCUUGGACGAUGGAUGGGGCUGGAUGGUUUGCUGUUCGUGGUUUCGCCGCCCUUUGCGCUUUCCUGUGCACCGCUGUUAUCUUUUCGCCAUACAUACUUUGGAUGUUGCUGAUGCCGUUGGUGCUGCCGCCGCUGUGGCUGCAAUAUUUAUGCCAAAAGCCCGCGCUGUUUGCCGGUACGUGCUUCCUGUUCCCUAUGCACUCUACAUUUUGCGUUCGUGUCCAACCUCGUCUUCUGCUGUCGUGCAUCUUCUUUACUUUUUUCGUUUAUUUCAGUGUGUUCUGUCGCCGUAUAUCGUAGCCACAUCUCCACCCAUGUGUUGUUCUAGUCUGUAUUCUGGUAGUCUUGUGUCAGUCCUGGAAGGAAUCAUUGAUGUCUGCUCUA